GGGAUAAUUUAUUCAUAACGGGAUAGAAAAUCUUAAUUGAUAUUCGAAUUGCUUCCAUCGCUCUAGCCUGUAGUUAUUGUUCUGGUUAUCCUCCUAGCUCGCCUUACUGCGCUCCCCCUUCACUUGCACUGCAGCUCGCGCAGCAAGCCGGGUGUCGAUCUCUCCGAAAAUAUAGUUUGUUAUUAAAUUAAUUCUAGUCAUUGGCUUCGAAAUAAGAAAUUGUGGUGCUUCGAUAACUGCAGAACAACUUUUAUAAGUACACCAAACUCCGUAAACUUUUAUUACCUGAAAUUGCUGAAUCUCGAUGAAUGGAUUUCAUGGUUUGUAGGAUACCUCAACGCACACAGUUAGCUUGUUAGCUGGCUAGGUGUGCUGGCCGUGAAUGCCUCCACUUUUUGGGCUGAGGCCAGUCACGAUUCACCGAGGUCUGCGUGGGGCCUCGCUGAGGUCUCUUCAGAUUUUCGCCAGAUUUUGUUAAAAGCCAGGUAAGGUAUACCGUAUUCAACCAGCAAUAUGUCAGUCUCAAGAAAACCUGGCCAAGAAAGUAAGUGAAUGUCUUGCCGAAAACGAGCAUUCUGUUGCUUGGGCCGCAAACUUGCUCUUUAGCUAGCUAGAUAGCUAGCUAGCUAACUAAGUUCACCAACCUAGCUAACCUAUCCGCAAAGCGAUAUCACUUCUGUCUGUGCUGUUUUAUUUAGACCGCCUAGUCAUUCCUAACCAUGUUCAGAAAACUAGACAUUUGAAGGUUUGCUAGCAAAGUUGCUGUUAGCUGGCUAGCUGAAUAACCUAGCUUUGACGGACAGGUUUUAGUCUACCAGAAGUGUCACAGAGUGUUGUUAGGCGAAGAACAGUUGCUAAUGUUGCUAGCGUUAAAUGCUUUAACGUAGUUACUGUACUCUGUGACUUUGCAUUGUUAUAAGAAUUACAUUACAUUGCUAUUUUUGCCCAAUAAUGUAUUAGUGCAGUAUUCCUAAGCUGAAAUACCUGAAAGUUUCAGAGGACAACGUUAAAUGCAUCUGGCUGGGAUAAUAGUGUUCAUGUAAUUUGACGAUUAAAGCUGAUUUUUGAGAUGUCACUUUUACUAUUUGCACCACAGAAUACAGAAUGACAGAUAGCUCAGGUCUACAGUUUGUGAGUCCUUAUGCCUUUGAGGCCAUGCAGAAGGUGGACGUGGUCCGGCUGGCAGCUCUGAGUGAUCCGGAGCUGAGGUUACUGUUGCCGUGCCUGGUGAGGAUGGCACUGUGUGCCCCUGCUGACCAGAGCAAUGCGUGGGCUCAGGAUAAGAAGCUCAUCCUGCGUCUGCUGUCCGGGGUGGAGGCAGUGAACUCCAUAGUAGCACUGCUAUCUGUCGACUUUCACGCCCUGGAACAGGAUGCCAGGAAAGAGCAGCAGCUCAGGCAAAAGGCAGGCGGCUCUAAUGGUGAGAGUAUACUGGUUUCUCAGCUGCAGCAUGGUCUGACACUAGAGUUUGAACACAGUGACCCACUAAGGAGACUCAGACUGGCUCUCAGUGAGCUGCUGGCCAUCAUGAACAAGGUAGCUGACUUGAAUGGGGAGUUUUUUCUGAAGUCUUCUGAACUUUUUGAGAGUCCUGUGUACCUGGAAGAGGUAGCUGAUGUUCUCUGCAUUCUUCAAGCAGAACUGCCCUCUUUGUUGCCCAUUGUAGAUGUGGCAGAGGCCUUGCUGCAUGUGCGAAAUGGAGACUGGUUCCUUUGUCUCCUUGUUGCCAAUGUCCCAGACAGCUUCAGUGAAGUAUGUCGCAGUCUAAUAAAGAAUGGUGAGCGUCAAGACGAGGAGAGUGUGGGUGGAAGACGCAGAACUGAGGCUCUUAGACAGCUGUGUCAGAUGAACCCAUCUCAAGCUCUCAACAUCAGAGCCAUGGUGGUGGAAGAGUGUCAUCUGCCAGGAUUGGGAGUGGCUCUGACGCUAGACUAUAAGCCUGACUGCGCAGACGAGGCUGUUAGUCCUCUGGUGUCGUACGUCAGUGGUCUGCUCUUGGGCACAAAUGGGAAAGUGCGCACCUGGUUUGGCAUGUUUAUCCGCAAUGGGCAGCAGAGAAAGAGAGAGAGUAGUUCUGUUUUAUGGCAGAUGCGUAGGCAGCUGCUUUUGGAGUUGGUGGCCAUCCUACCUCGCUCACGCAGUACACAUGUACCCAAUGACACAGAGCUGCAUGCUGAGAUAGAGAGCAGUUCAGGCUAUUCAGGCCUGAGAGAAGAACAUGUGGUGAAGGCAAGCGCGCUACUCAGACUCUACUGUGCUCUCAUGGGCAUUGCUGGCCUUAGGCCCACAGAUGAGGAAGCUGAGCAGCUUCUCCAACUGAUGACCAGUCGCCCCCCUGCUACUCCUGCUGGAGUCCGCUUUGUCUCUUUGUCCUUCUGCAAAUUACUUGCCUUCCCUACUCUUGUCAGUACUCCGGAACAGGAGCAAUUGAUGGUGAUGUGGCUCAGCUGGAUGAUCAAGGAGGAAGAGUACUUUGAGAGUGCUGCUGGUGUGUCUGCAUCCUUUGGAGAAAUGCUAUUACUGGUUGCCAUGUAUUUCCAUAGCAACCAGCUCAGUGCCAUUAUUGAGCUUGUCUGCUCCACUCUCGGAAUGAAGAUUGCCAUUAAACCCAGCUCUCUGAACAAAAUGAAGACCAUCUUCACCCAUGAAAUCUUUACUGAACAGGUGGUAACUGGCCAUGCAGUGAGAGUAGCUGUCACCAACAACCUAAGUGCCAAUAUUACAGGCUUCCUCCCCAUCCAUUGCAUUUACCAGCUUCUCAAAAGCAGAGCAUUCACCAAGCACAAAGUUUCCAUUAAGGACUGGAUCUUUAGGCAGCUGUGUGAGACCACCACACCUCUUCACACUCAGCUGCUCCCCCUCAUUGAUGUUUAUAUUAAUUCCAUCCUUACCCCUGCCUCAAAGGCCAACCCUGAGGCUACUAACCAGCCAAUCACAGAGCAGGAGAUUCUCAACGUCUUUCAGGGCCGGGCAGAGGGAGAUGGUGGAAAAGGGUGUUCUCAGUAUAGCAUCACCACUCAACUGUUAAUACUUUACUAUAUCCUGUCUUAUGAGGAGGCUCUACUGGCCAACACUAAGGCACUUGCUCUCAUGCAAAAGAAGCCCAAAUCCUACUCUGCUGCUCUCAUGGACCAGAUCCCCAUCAAGUACCUCAUCCACCAGGCCCAAGGCUUACAGCAGGAACUUGGUGGGCUGCAUUCUGCUUUGCUGCGACUCUUGGCCACUAACUACCCUCACCUGUGCAUGGUGGAGGAUUGGAUCUGCGAAGAGGAAGUGACUGGCACACUGCCCCUCCUGCGCAGGAUGCUGCUCACCACCCCAGCCUUCAAGUACUCGCAAAUGCAGGUGCACAAGGCCUUUCAGAAUGUGAUACAGAGUGGGCACAGGCUAAUGAGGAUCCUGGAGCACCUGAUGCUGCUCAGUGCAGGUGAUCUGAUCCCUUACGCGGAGGCCAUCACAGGAAGCAUGGGCUUGCUGCUGGAGGAUGGUGUCUCCCGCAGAAUCCUGCAAACCGUCAACAAGCUCUGGAUGGUGCUCAAUACCGUCAUGCCUCGUAGGCUGUGGGUGAUGACAGUGAAUGCUUUGCAGCCUUCUGUUAAGCUCCUCAGGCAGCACCGCUACACACAGAAUGACUUGCUGGUAGACCCCCUCAUUGUGCUCCGCUGUGACCCCAGAGUCUUCAGGUGUCCUCCCCUGAUGGACAUCACACUUCACAUGUUGAAUGGAUACCUGUUGGCUUCUAAAGCCUACUUGAAUGCCCACCUGAAGGAGACCGCUGAGUUUGAACGGCAGACUCAGACAGUCUCAAACCUAGGGCUUACUGGUCAGCCAGACACACCAGAGGUCACCAGGGAGGAGCUGAAAAACGCUUUAUUGGCUGCACAGGACAGUGCAGCAGUGCAGAUCCUGUUGGAGGUGUGUCUGCCCUCCUUUCAGGAGGAGCAACAGCUGGGUGCAGGAGGAAAUGACAGCUUGCUAAGGAGUGUUCAGUCUGUGUCAAGCCUGUCUGUGAGGGAGCAGGGGAGAGCUGGAGCUUUGCAGGGGCCUCAGGGGUCACAGCAGGGCAAAGCAGAAUCCAUGGGGGCCCAAGGGGCACAGCAGGUAGAUGGGCUGCUCAGCGACCUUAGGGAAGUGCAGUGCCUUAUCUGCUGUCUACUGCACCAGAUGUUCAUUGCAGACCCCAACAUUGCCAAACUAGUGCACUUUCAGGGUUAUCCUCAGGCCCUUCUUCCUCUGACUGUAGCUGGCAUUCCUUCCAUGCACAUCUGCCUGGAUUUCAUUCCCGAGCUCCUCGCACAGCCUCAGCUGGAGAAACAGAUUUUUGCCAUCCAGCUGCUGUCUCACUUGUGCACACAGUAUGCUCUGCCCAAAUCUCUGAGUGUGGCACGUUUAGCUAUAAGCGUAAUGGGUACUCUACUCACAGUCCUGAUGCAUGCCAAGCGCUUUGUGUUCUUCAUGCCCACCUUGCCAUGCUUGGUGUCGUUCUGCCGGGCAUUUCCUCCACUCUACGAUGAUGUGGCCUCCUUGCUGGUGCAAGUGGGCCAGGUGUGUGCUGCUGAUGUUGCCACUAAGGCCCGAGACAUUGAUCCAUUUAUUGCCAGGCUGCAGUAUUUCAGUGAGAAAACAAAGAAAGAACUGGGAUCAGAUGUGGAAUUGUCCAAAAUGGCUCUGCCUAGGAGAUCCGCUGAGGAAUUGAGUGGGGCUGACCCUGAUGUUCAGCUGUGCUACUGUGUAGAGGCCACCUUCAUGGACAUCAUUAGGUCCAGUAUACAGGGACUCUAAUAACCUGGAGCAAAGGUUAGGAAAAGUAGUCGUCUUCCAUGUUCACUUCCACGUAAUGCUAGUCGAGUUAGACUAGCAUUAUGUGGAAGUGAAGAGUUAGAGUUGCUAAACCGAAAAUCAUAAUUCAUUAAAGAAAAUAAUAUCUAAGGCAGUAAGACAGAAAUUAUGGUAACUGGUAAAAGUUCUUUAAGUUUAGUGCUGAGUUGCCCUUUUAUAAAGGCAAGAAAAUGUUUCUUAGUACAAUAACCCAUAGAUCUGCUGCACGGUUAUAUACUGAACAAAAAAAUCAACUUCUGAUUCUAUUAUUGGCGGCUAAUAAUAGAAGAGCAGAUAAGUUUUCUCCAGAAAACUGGUUUUGGAGGUUUCCUCAAAACAGUGACAUGUAUGGGGUGGUAGUGUUUGUCACACUGUUUUUACUUACGAGCGUGUUGCUUGCAUUCAGUGGUGGCUAGUGUUAUUGGUCUGUUUUCUAGACUGCUUUAUAAAGAUUAUUCCUGUUGUCUAAAUCAUGUUAUUCUCCAAGUGUGAAAUCUGGAGUGUUGAAAUGUUCUGGUUUUGUAUUGUAUUCUGCCUUAUUUUUGAACAUUUGUAAUAAAACUUUGAACUCCAAACAUA